AAAAUGUCAACUGAACUAGAAGUCAUUAUUAUGAGUAUCCAGAAACAUAUAGAAGCAGCAAAGGCAGGAAAUGAAAGAGGGGAGGCCAAACUUUCCCUUGUCAAGAAGAAGGAUUAUUUGUAUAGUGUUUUAUUGGAAAUUCAGCAGUGCAAGGAUAGGAAGGAUGUGGCAGGGAAGCAGAAGGUUAUUGAACCGAUGUUGGUUGAGUUGUGUGAGAUUGGGUGUGGGGUUUCGUUGGUGAAUGAGAUUAUGUCCAUUUUGACCAGGUUUUAUAAGCAUGGGGAUUUCUCUACUGUGCCGGCGACGCUUGAGAAGCUUAGAGGUAUCUAUGAGAGAUCAAAGUCUGUUUAUAGUAAAGUUUGAGCAGCAAAACUGACUGGGAGGAUAUUUAAGGAGUUUUGGCAGAAGACUAUUUCUCCACCAACUCAGGAGACUGUUCAAAGUUUGCAAAAGUUGUUUAAAAAUUCUCAGGAGUGGUAUGUGAAGGAGACAGCUCUUGAUACUCUGAGUGAUGUCCUACAGACUCAGUGUAAUAAUUUAGACAUGGCUUUAAAUGAUAGCUUCAAGUUAAUCUCGAAGGCUAUUGGUGAUAAGGUGAAAGACGUCAGAUAUGCUGCAACAAAGGCAUUGCUUUAUCUUGUCAGAGGUACUAGUUGAAUUCAAGAUAUGAAAGCUAGCGAUUUCCAAAACAUCAUCUCUGCUGCAUUUAAAGGCUUCAAAGAUUCUUAUAAGAAAGUACGAGCAAUAAGUACUGAACUUAUGAAGGAAAUAUUAUGAAUUAAGAUCAAAUUUUGUCUUGAGGAGAAAGAGAUUCUAGAUCAGAAGAUGCCUUCGAGUAAGAAGAAGCUAAUAGAGUCCUUACCAAGUAACCUGAUAGAAGUCCUUGACUAUCUUGCCAGCAAUAUUUAUGAUAAGUCAACGUCAAAUAAUUAUGAAAGAAAAUGAGUCGUUGAAUGAGUAUAUUUCAUUAUGAAGGAGAUCCCAUUGCUGUUCGCAAAAACAAAGAAAAAGACUUUGAUGGAUAGGAUCCUCCUAUUAGAACCAAAUGACAAGACUGGAAAGUAUCCAGUUGAAAAAUAUGAGCUUAUUGUUAGCAAUAGGUUUAUCACCUGGCUGCUUUUCCAGGUUGUUGAAGAGCUGGACCAAGAAGAGCAAAAAGAGCUUAUUGAUGUUGUAUCAUCUUAUCUAUCAAAUAAGAAACAUUCUGAAGCAAGUCUUUCCAUUCUGUUGAGUGUUUUCAAUCAUCUCUGUAGAAGUCUUGAUCUAACAACUAUUUUCAAGAGUGAUCAGGAGUUCACAGAUACUUUGAUGCCUUUUAUAAAGUGUGGCAGGCUUCAAAUUCAGGUGCCAAUUUGCGAGAUUUUCAAAACAGUGUCUCAGAACACUCCAGAGUGGGUACAUCCUCUGAUCUCAACACUCAUCUCGCAUACUUCAAUUACUCAUGCUGAGUUGGCUGGAUUGUCAUUCACUCCAGUGUAUGCAAUCAAGUUAGUUCCCCAAGUGAGUGAGAAUUACCAAAAGAGUGAUAUCCAGAAGGCAAUGCAGUGCUUGAACCAGGUCAAUUGCUUGGCCCAUGCACUCGCCUUAGUCUUCUCUUCAGUCAACCACAGCCUUAAAGGAGUCCCUGUGACCCUCUCUAAUUCAAGUUUUAAUGCUGCUAAAGCCAUGAUUUUGGGUAAUUUUCAAACUGAAGAUGACGAGGAAGAUAUCAUCCAAGUCGGGCUCGAAGAUUUUGAUAUCUCAGAUUCUCCUAGGAGAGAAGCUGGCUGGAUUCUUCUAGAAGGGCUUCUUCAUCUUGGUAGUCAGUGGGUCGGAUCAAAGGUAAACACUAUUUAUAAACUCUGGAAUUCGGUGUUUUAUCAAGAUAUGUGUGAAAUUGAUGUCCAGAAAAUCAAAAAUAAGGAUGUCAUGUAUAUUGAAAAGAUCUUAACAGAGUUUAAAAUUAAAUAAACAAGCAUUAUCCACUAUCAAAUGCUUCUUGAAUAAGUGCUACCCUCUUUUGAAUUCCCAAUUGAUUAAAUUGACAGCUGGAUUUGUGGUCAACGCGAUUACUUUCUUUAUUAAUCAGGACAAAAAGGAGAUAGUCAAAUUGUUCAGCAAGACAUUCCAUGAAGACUUUUUGAAAGUUAGAAGUGAUAUUUAUGAAUGUUUAUCAAAUUUACAUCCUUCAUUGUAUUCAUAUAAAUUUGUCCAUAUUCUUCAUUCUGUCACUGAUGAUAUUGUGAAUGAGACAAUUACCAAGAGCAUCCCAUCAGUUGCGAUAAAGACAUUGUGAAAGGAAGAUCAGUUGCAUGACAAUGUGUAUUUGCAUAUGGAAGGUGUACCUGAUAGUUAUCUAAGCGAUGAUAUUUACUUUGAAUCUUCUUCAGCUCUCUCUGGAGAACUUCUCGAUCUAACCUUAAGACACUCUCCAUGGCUUAUUGUAGACCAUGAUCGUAUGAAUACCAGCUGCUCAGAGCUAGAUGUUAGGAUAUCCAUCAGAGAGACUGCUAUUCAGACCUUCUCAGACAUCUUCAUCUCGUCUCAACUAAAUGACAAAAAUAAGAUCCAGCUCAGCAACCACCUUCUCCUCCAUGCGAAGCGUGUACAGGAAAGUAUACUUAAGGAAUCAAAAUCGAAAAAGAGUAAACAGAAAGAUCCAAUUUCCAAGGAGCGAAAGAUUGCUAAACUUUGCUCGAUCUCCAGUGCUGCAUAUAUGAUCAGCCUUGGACUGGUCAAGAAGAAGGUCAAAGAAAUUGACCAAGCCGUCUUUGGUAACUUAGAAAGUAUUUUCACGGUCUGAAUGGAAGUUGAAAAUGAUACGGUGAGCAAGAUCUGAGCUGAAGGACUAGCUCUGCUUUACACGCAAGUUACUGGCGCUGAAUAUAUUAUGAGCAUAGUCAAUAUUGUGAAGGGAGAUAUAGAAAGAAAGGCUUCAGAAGUAGCAUCCAAGAAAGAAGGAACCAAGAAUGCUCAAAGAAAUGAAAUGGUCCUAGGCAACCUUUUGAGAUAUAACGAUCUAUGAGAGAAUCCAGCUUUGAGCGAGGCGCUAUUGGAGGCAUGAAAGACAAUUUUGAAGGGAAGAGAUACUAACUCAAAGCUUAAAGAUUAUUUAAGCACCUGUGAGAACGAGGAGAUUUUAAGGAACACCUACCCUACAUGUUUCUACCUGAUGCAGAUGGACAUUAUUACCAACUCUAAGUCUCUAAAUUCGAUGUGAAAGUUCACAGAAAGAAUUUUGCGGUACUUCCAAGUCACCACUGACGCAAAGUCAAAGGUCAUAAUUGUAUUCAAAGAGUUUAUUAACCAUUUCUUGACUCAGGCCUUUUCAAAAGAUGCUUCUAAUACUUUAAUCGAGAGUUGACUUAAAAUGGCAAAAACAGUGAUGAUUCUUCAAGACAAGAUGAAGAAAGAUGGGGAUUAUGAAAUAGGACUUCUCCCUCUGUCAGAGAAUGAGAUUUAUAAAAUUGCUGAGCUAGCCAUCCGUCUAAUAGAAGAAUCAUCUGAUAUUUACAUUAAACAAAUUUGUAUUGAGAUCAUAGCUGUUCUACUCAAUUCUGGAGACAUUGAAAUGUUAGAAAAGCUCAAGAAAGGAAGGAAUUUUGAUGAAGAUUUCUACUGCUUCUUGUUCAAUGAGCUAAACUCUACCAAAUCUAUGGUAAAGCCUUUCAAUUAUGAAAAAUUAAGGAAGCGUAUCUCUCAGGUUCCUUCUUAUGAGCAUAUGACUCACCACUCUGAAUUUGAGAGGAUUAUAAACUUCAAUCAUAACUCAUUGGAUGCAUUUUGUUCUGGAAUGGCCAAUUACGAUCAGUAUAGGAGGGAGUAUUAUGAGUAUUCACUUGAAAUAGUGUUUAUUUACGCAUUAAAGAUCAGUGCCCAUUAUAAGCUCGACCUUUGGAUAAAGUUCUGUAAGUUCUUUAACUCCUACAAACACGUGAACUUCCUCACACAUGUUGAGCAUGAGACUCAGAGACUUGAGGAAGAGAAGGAGAGAGAAAUGGAGAAUCCUGGUAAAAAGGAUAUCUCUCAGAUGACUAAUGCAGGCCCACUUGAUUAUAGGCUGAGCAAGGAUCUUAAGAACGAAACUAAGAUGUUCCUGAUACAAAGCCUUACUUCCUUUGUGACUCAUUAUGCAACUACUGAUGGGCAUUCAAAGACUGAUAUCUCUAGGCAUAUUUCUAAGUUAAUUAAUAUCGCAUUCGGCGCAGCCAAUGCAGAAGACGUUAACUUAAAGAAAGUCGGCCUCACUCUGAUCAUUGAAUUAGUAAAGAAGUUUCAGUAUACUCAAGAAGCAGUUGAUCAAGAGGACGCUGAAACUAUUGCUCAAAUGGAGGAAGAGAUGGAAUUAAUCAUCGAGCAGUAUGAAGCUCAGAUCAGCUCCAUAAUCCGGCAAAACUUAAAGAAAGACUGCCCACCAGAGAUAAAAAUAAAGACAUACGAUUUGCUGUACUACUUCAUCACAGUGCCUAUUUCAAGAGACUCAGAACUUAUUGGAAGAAUAUUGGCAUUGAUCACUUCAGAUUUAGACAAUAUCAGUCUUUUGAAAGAAGAAUCUGCAUCUUAUGACAGAAUUGUCAGUGAGGCUCACUUCGAGAAGCUUGAGCUUCUCUGUAAGCUCUAUUUGUUGUCUAAAGAAGAUGAAGAUAUCUCCAAGUUCUAUAGCAUUUGUAUAAACCCAAAGAACAUGAAUGAAGAGAAGGAUCUUCAAAACAUAAGUAAUGCUAAGAAGACUUUAAAGAAGAAAGGAGAUAGCCCGAAGGAAAUGAAAGAGAGAAUAUUUGGAGACCGUUUUAAAGAGAUUGAAGGGCUGCUCAAAAAGCAGCUUCUGGCAGCAAUUUAUGACUCUUAUAUUGUGUUAGCGAUGCCCAGAUCUAUUGUUAAGAACUAUAAGAGAUUUAUCUUCAUUACUUGUGGAAUGAGAUCUGCUUACAGUCUAAGCACUAUUGAGAGGACUGUGCAAUACUUCAUGAAAUGUUUGUGCUACCUUGUUGAUUCCAAAAUAUCUCUUAAGGAGAGCAUACUCACAGGAGGAAGAGACGAUAUCAAUUUCAGGGAUAUUUUCGAAAAAUAUGACCAAUGUAAAGAUCAUGAAAUGCUUCUAGCUUUGAUUCAGUUCUAUUUGGUCAGUGAGAUCGAGAUUGACGAGGAGAAUAGUAAGAAGAAUAGUCAGACUAGUGUUUCACACUCUUUAUACAAUCACAUCAAGAUCAGGUUGUUCUGAAUGGAGCUAAUGGAGAAGCUGUUCAAGAGAAUUACAGUAGAUUUUGAAUGUCUACGUGAGAUACUCACCAUUUUUGAUAAGCUGUCGUUCAUCUCAGUUGCAGAGAUAAACUAUAGCAUAGUACGAGUGUGCUUGAUCAUUCUGGAAAGGAUUUAUCAGGCUAAGCAGGUAUCUAGUCAGAGAAGCAUUCUUGUCUCAGAGAGUGACGAUGACCUGAGUGAUACAAAAUUAUGUGAGAAAGAACUCCUUAUAAUACAAGUCAUUGAAAAGCUUGGGUUAAAAAUUAUGAGCCAAACUCAAAGUUAUGUAUACCAAGACAUGAACCUCGGAGAUUUAAGAAAGAAGAUACUUGACAAGAAUUAUGAAGGCCUCGAGGCUAGGUAUCUUAACUCAAAGGAUGAUGAAAAGUCAAAGGCUAUGAAAUUGAACUUGCUGAAAAACACAUAUGAUUUGUGCAAAAGUGUAUUAACAACUUAUAUAAAGUUGAAGGAAUAUUCUCAAGAUAAAGGCCAUUUGACAGCAUUUUCUAAAGACGUCUCUGAGUGUAUAAAGGAUAGUUUUGAGAGUACUAUUCAUAGAACAGCUCUGAAGAUGCCUCUUAGCUUAAAGUCUUACAUAAACCACUUGGUGCUAAUAGAUGAGGUGUUCAAGAUAAAUCCUGAAGUGCUUGCUGAGAACAUCAACAGGUUUAUAAUCAGGCUUAUCUCCACAAUAAAGGUUUGUAACUCCUGAGGUAGCACAAGCGAGAAAGCAAAGGAGAGUAGUGAGGAUGACUCAGAGAGCAAUUCUGAAAACUUUAGUUCAGUCAAAGGAGAGGCUCUCGACCCUGCUACAAUGGAGAAGCUGAAGACUACCAUUCCGUACUUGAUCCAGCUGCUCAAUAAGACCGUGGCGAAUUCAAUUAGCAGUAUUCCAAUGGAAGAAAUAAAGGAUGGAUUUGUCUUUUAUAUGGGAACUCUUUUUGAUAUUGAGAAAGACAGCGAAAGUUCAUCCCAGAUAGUUAAUUUCACACAAAUUGCUCUAAAAGGACUCAAUGGAUUAUUCUCAGCAGGAUCCAAGGAUCCUGAUAUGAUGGAGAGAGUAGCAAGAUUUAGCAAGUUCUGCUUUGAAGAGAGCCUUGCAUAUCUAUUUACCAAUGUAAAAAGAGUCUUUGCUAGCCCAGUUGUAUUGGAAGGUGAGGACCAAAGUCAAACUCAGGCAAUUUCUGAGGAUAUCAAGUUCAUUACUAAUAUAUAUCUUAACUCUACUAGUGAACAGAAAGAAGUUAUAAUUGAUACAAUUGUAAAAAUGUUCUUAGGAAUUGUAGUUGGAGUACAAGAAAAUCAGAUCCAUAGAACGAAGCCUGUGCUUACAAUCAUAAAUUCUGUUGGAGAAGGACUUUAUAGCAUGAUAGUCAAGGGUGAUGUGAAUUUAGCAAAGGGUUAUAUUGCUACUUCACUAACUGACCAACAAAAACAAAUGCUUCAAAAUAUUAUUAAGGCAAUCGCUACUAGUAAGAAGGCUCAAGAAGACCAAAAAGCAAAGAAUCAAGUUAAGCCAGGCCAAAGAGCAGCAGGAAAUCCAAAAUUUAGAGAAAAUAAAGGCAAUACAAAACUAGCAACCAAGAUCGGAAAAGUAUAA